UGUCCGUAGUGGUUGCAGCCGCCGCCGUCGUCGCGACUCGUCAUCGUCGCGGUCGUCGUCGUAGUCGUCAGCCGCCGUUAUGCGCGCGCGCCCUAGUGCACUUGGCCGUAUGCAGUACACACAUACGUGUAAAGCAAUCACGUAAAACACGUCGCACGACGCGAAGUCUAGGCUCGUGGAUACGACCGUCUCAUUCUGGAGUACGUAACAGUGGCAUAGAUCCAUCUCGCGAGCCGUCAGCGCGGGGUCUGCCGAUUGGCUAUGUGUUGAGUGUCUGAAAAUCCGUCACGGCCGCCGGAGCCCCAUUUUGGUACAGUGGCGCCGCGUAACGGCAACUCCCUUCAGUUUCGGGCAAGAUGGGCGAACUUCGCCGGGCAGUAGCUUAGACUCUACCUACAAGACAACACACACCUAAUGUUUCCUAACGACAAGUAAUUGUACAUUAUUUAUUAAGAUCCAAUAUCUAUUUUUGUAACAUGCUGUAGUGCCGUGCCACGUUUGUACGAUAUAUAAAGGUGAUCCGCGCGCGAUAGAGAGCGAUAGAAAGAGAGCAAAAAGGAGAGAGAUAGAGCGAGAAAGAGAGAGAGUGAGAUCGAGCGAGAAACGAGUGAAGCGUAGAGUCCGGGCCGACACGGGGCGACUAGUUAAUAAAAAGAAGAAACGUAGGUGGGUUUUCAGUCCGUGCGUUAAACGUAGGCCAGUGGUGAAGUGGUAAUCGGGUGAAACGUGAACAGUUCGGUUUCCUGUGAGUGAAAAGUGCACGACACACCCUUCUGACACUCUGCAGUCUGCUGCCUCUUGCUGCUGCUGCUACAGCCGCGGUGCUGCUCUCUUAUCCUCGAGAAAGAACCGCGCAUACAGCCACGAGCUGUACGUUUAUACGCGUGCGGAAAAGCGCACAGAGACACGAACGUGUGCUCUCUUCGCCACUCUGUGCUGUGAAUUUUUCUAACUCGUUUGUUCGCCAGUGUCGAACCGAUACGUGCGGUUUUUACAUUAGCUGAAGAAGAAGGGAUACAACACGGUAUCCCAUCAUCGUCAUCAUCAUUAUCAUCCACUCCCUCAGUAACCCAGCCACCUAGCCAACCACCCACAACCCCGUCGACCGACCAAGCAUCCAUCACCCUAAAACCACCCUAGGAUAUUCUUCAAAGUGGGCUAGCAACUGACGUACAAUAACGCCCCGGUUCAAUUCGUGAUUCCUGCAAGACAGAGAAGAACGGUGGUGAUAUACCUUAAGGAUAUAUACCCAAAGGAAUACAACCGGCGGACACACCGGAGCACGCUGUUAUUAUGUCCGUGAGAAUGGAAAACGUAGCCGCGCCGAGGAAGCUCAACUACAAAGUGAUGGGCACGAAUGGACCACGGCCGACGUACGCGGGGGCGAACAACGGUAGUGCCGGUGCAGGUGCCGGUGCUGGUGCCGGUGUAGGAGGCGCUGGUCCAACUGCCGGUGGACAUGGACUGAAGGGCGGCGCCGGAGGAGGUCCUCGCGGAGGAAAUCCCGUGCAGUAUCGAGCAAGCGGUACUGGGGCUUGGGGUGCAGCGCCUACUCAUGCAGCCGCAGCUGCUGCUGCAUAUCAACCGUAUACUCGGUACCCCCCAGCUGCAGCUGCUGCAGCGCAAAUGCCUGCCGGUGCGCAGCAGCUUCCGCCUACGGCGAACCCCUACGCUGCAACCACCUAUGCUCAGCAUGCAUCGUAUGGAGGUCAACGCGUGCCCACGGCGUCCUCGCCGGCGAAUACUCACAGCAGCUCGAGCAGUGCCACGGGAAGUCAAAGUGGCACCAUGAGUACCAGUCUUAGCAAUAAUGCGAUGCAGGGCCAACAAACGGAGCAGCUAUCCAAAACGAAUCUGUACAUCCGCGGCCUCAACCAAAACACGACCGAUAAGGACCUCGUCAAUAUGUGUGCUCAGUUCGGGACUAUAACCUCUACAAAGGCGAUUCUGGAUAAAAACACAAAUAAAUGUAAAGGUUAUGGCUUUGUAGACUUUGAGUCACCGGUGGCGGCAGAGGGUGCUGUGAAAGCACUGGUCGCCAAGGGCAUCCAAGCGCAGAUGGCGAAAGUGGGUAUCUGGUUGCUCCGUAGACUGGCCAGUGUACGUUGGUUGUGCAUGCAAAUUGAACAACAGGAGCAGGACCCGACCAACUUGUACAUCGCCAAUUUGCCGCUGAACUUCAAGGAGAACGAUGUGGAGGCAAUGCUGGCUCAAUACGGUCAGGUCAUCUCUACCAGGAUCUUACGCGACACUUCUGGACAGAGUAAAGGCGUUGGAUUUGCAAGAAUGGAAUCCAAGGAGAAGUGCGAACAGAUAAUUCAGAUGUUCAAUGGAAAGACGCUACAGGGGGCCAAGGAUCCCUUACUAGUUAAAUUUGCCGACGGUGGCAAUAAGAAGAAGUCACUUUACAAAAGUACAAUGUGGAGAGAAACCGGAGAUAACAUGACUCUGAACUACGACGCCAGUGGCGUCGGUCAGAAUGGCGUCGCGACGGCUCACAUGCUGCCAGCUGCCACCCUCGCCCAGUACAGUCGUCACUAUGGUCAGGCGGUGCCUGGGUACAGCGUUCCAGGAACACCUUGGGUCACUCCGUACCUGGUGCAAACAGGUCCACCGCACAUGCAACAGGUCGACAUGAUGCCAUCGGCAGAUCCUAGCAAUCCGCAGUACAGUAUGAUUCCCCAGCUUGCCACUCAAAUGUCCACUCUGCAUCUUGGCACCGGUUCCUACAUAGCAGCGAGCCCGCAUCCCUACCCGUACACUACUUACCCAGCGCCUAGCAUCAUUCACACGAUGCCAUUGGGUGACUCCGAACAGACAAGUAACGCAGCAUCCCCGGACGACUCCUAUCAACAAUACCAGGCUCAGCAGCCCAAGUAGGCCACAGUUUAUAGAUACGACUAUGCCGAGGGUUACAUAAGUUAGGAGCGGUAUACCUGUUGAUACGAGGGAUUAUAAUUAAUGAAGAAAGAAAAGAAAAGAAAAGAAAAUAGAAACGAUGAGAGUAAGGAAAAGAAAAGAAAAGAAAAAUACAUUUACGUAAAAAAAAGUGAGACAAGAUUCUUCCUCAUGAUAAAAAAUUGACUUGCCAGCCAUCUUUUGUACGUUUUAUCCACCGAAGAUGCGUAUAAAUUAGGUGCGAGAAGUAGUAGGGAAUAUUUUGCAACGAGUAGAAGGAGUGAAUGUUGAUAACUCUAUAAAUAUAUAUCUUUUU